GGUAAUCUGUGCUUUUUUCCCCUUUUUUCAAUGAAAUGAAGAUAGAUAAAAAGAGAAAACGUUUUCCUUUUUCAUCGGAUCCAAAUUAACUAAAUGCAGGUUAAGUACAGAUUUUUAUGCACCAUGGAAACCCUCAUGGAAACCCUACGUACAAACCCCAGUUACCAGUCAUUUGGUAAUGGGGGCUCAAAUUCAAUGGUAACAACAUGGUAACAACCAGUGGCUAUUUGUUGUAUUGUAGUAUAAAGUGAAUGUAUGAAAGAACGAUUUUUUAAACAAAUGAGGCAUAACAUUUGCAUGGUGUGUGAUUUCUUCUAUCCGAAUAUGGGUGGCGUAGAAAGUCAUAUUUAUCAAGUUUCGCAGUGUCUUAUCAACAGAGGCCACAAGGUUGUAAUUGUUACUCAUGCAUAUUCAGAGAGGGCUGGUAUUCGUUAUUUAUCGAACUUCCUGAAGGUGUAUUAUUUGCCUUUUACAGUUUUCUACAACCAAUGUGCCUUACCAACGCUGUUCACAACUUUACCAUUGAUGAGAGAUAUUUGUGUUAGAGAACAGAUCACAAUAGUUCAUGGACAUUCUGCUUUUUCCACCCUUUGUCAUGAUGCUUUGCUCCAUGCAAACUCACUGGGAAUAAAAUCUGUCUUCACGGAUCAUUCACUUUUUGGGUUUGCAGAUGCAAGUUCUAUUAUCACAAACAAAUUUCUUGAAUUUUCCCUCGCCAAUAUUGAUCAUAUUAUCUGUGUUUCUAACACAAGCAAAGAAAACACGGUGUUACGAGCAAAAGUUCAUCCUGGCUAUGUUUCUGUUAUACCAAAUGCUAUUGAUUCUUCUGCAUUCACUCCUGAUCCAGCAAAAAGGAAUUCUGAUUUUAUUACCAUAGUCAUUGUCAGUAGACUUGUAUAUCGAAAGGGAAUAGAUCUGCUUGCAGCUGUCAUACCAAUGAUUUGCUCAAGAUACGGUCAAGUGCAAUUUCUUGUUGGUGGAGAAGGACCAAAGAGAGUCGUUCUGGAAGAAGUUUGUGAGCAACAUCAACUCCACGAUAGAGUUCGAUUGCUUGGUAGUUUAAAGCAUGAACAAGUUCGAGAUAUUUUAGUACAAGGUGAUGUAUUUUUGAACACAUCAUUGACUGAAGCAUUUUGUAUUGCAAUCGUUGAGGCUGCAAGUUGUGGGUUACAGGUGAUUAGUACCAAAGUGGGUGGCGUUCCAGAAGUACUACCAGAAGAUAUGAUACAACUAGUUGAGCCAAAUACUCAAGACGUGGUGCAGGCUCUUGAGAUUGCGAUCAAGGCAACAAUUGACGGGAAUGUUAUUCCCCCAACCGUUGCUCACGAACGCGUUAAGAAGAUGUAUACUUGGGGUAAAGUUGCAGCAAGAACUGAGAAGGUGUAUGAUAGUAUUGCUAAGCGUCCUACUCUUUCAUUGGAAUGCAAACUGAAAAGAUGGUAUGAUUGCGGAGCAGUAGCAGGAAAAAUCUAUUGUUUUAUCGCUAUAAUUGAUCUUCUUUUUUGUAUUCUGUUGGAUUGGCUUGCACCAAAAAAGUUUAUUGACAAGGCUCCUGAAGUCAUUCGUGGAAGGUCUCCCUCUGUCCACAAUAAAGAGACGUGACAGCGGCUUAAUUGAAAAUCUUGUGGUACAUCAUGGUCUUUCAGGUACCACUCGCAUAAAUAGGGAUUGAAAUAUCAUUUAAAACAAUUGAACUAAAUAUAUAACUGGUAGGCCACCUUUUUGUAAACAUACCUGUACUUGCAUGGGCCGUGCGACAUAAGAUUGGGACUAGUUAAAUUGCUGGCUUCAAAUUUUUGUCGUAAGGUAGCUUUCCAGUUAUAUUCAGUUUAAUGUUUAAAGCUGCAGUAUUUUUCACACAUUGCGCUGCAGUACCAAUUCGAAAAUAUGAAAUUGUGCGGUACAUAAAAGUUUCAUUGUACAAAAGCAACAAAAGUUGUACAUAACAAACAAUUGGCCGGUUUUUUAACAACGAUGUGCUAUUUUGACAAAAGUAAUUCAUCGUUCAAAAACAGCCUGUAUUAUUGUUCAUUUGGCUUUAUUCUAAAAUGUAGAAUAUAGCUACAAUGGAGAAAAUCCCUGGAUGAAAUAAAUGUAUAAAGGUUA